AAAAAACAAAAUGGUGGCGUAUGUAAAUCUUGUUAUUAUUUUUGCUCAUUAGUCAGUUUCAUGAUCUGUUUCCGAUGUAUUUGCCUCAUAUUGAAGGUAUUCAUUUAUAUGCAAUUUGAAUGCUGCCACCAUGGAUGAAGAAAUUUGAUAAAGAGCAAUGGCUGAUAAAAAAUCAUUUUGCAAAAAUGCGGACUCUGCUAAAUUGGUAAAUGGUUGUACUGAACAUGAUAAUGAAAUACAAGAGAAUGGUGUUUUAGAUUCACAUCUUGAUGUGCAUGCAGACAAUGAUUCUGACUUUGCUAUGGGUGGAAGUUGCAUGUCCCAUCAUCCAGACACUAGUGAACAGACACAUGGGAUUGGAUUGCAAAGAGACUCAAACAGAAAUAAAGAAACACAUAAAAAAGCAACAGCAUGCAAAAAACUUGAACCUCAAAGUGAAUCAGAUCAAGAUGCAGCUUCAAGAAUGAAACUUUUUGAAAAUAAUAAUGGAAUAAAUGUUCGUCAUUCAGGUUAUUCUGCAACAGUAUGUGAUGUGUACAGACAUGAAAAUGAUGUCAUUUUUGGUAGAACAAGAGGUGGCGAUGUGCAUUCCUCUCCUGUGACAGUGAUUGUUUCUCCGCAUGUUCAACAAAACAGAGUUGUGGUGUUUAGAAAUGAAUUAAGUCAGCUUGAUCAGUCUUCACCGGUCGAUAUCCCUUAUAGUCAUCAUAUAAAUGGAGAAGCAUUAGCACCUCUAGCCACACCUGAAAGUUUUUCUGAUGAAGAACCAAUAAAUGCCCAAGAAAGAUUACAUGAGGAUCUUUUCAAUUUGCAUGAAGAAAUCGAACAUUUAAACACUGCUGAAGAUGAAAAACCUAACAUAAGUGAAUCUGAGCAUAAUACUAACAGAGAAGUUGUAGAAUGCUCAGACAUUAAAUCUGAACAUUGUCAUAAUGAAUUUGAUAGAGGUGGAAAUUUGGUAAGUGUGCCUGAAUGUCAACAGAUGUCUAGCAGUGAAAGCAAUUUAAGUAGUGUUCAUAGCGAGGAUGGUGAGGUUGACAAUGUAACUGUUGAUUCUGUUGUGCACAUAGAGUUGGAACAGUUGGAAGUGUACAAUGAGGAGUUCACAGAGAAAGAUGAUGGUAAUGACGUGGAUGAAGGAAAUGCAAGUGAUAAUAGUGUCGGUCUUGACAACAAUGACAAUGAAAUGGAACUUGAAGAAAUAGAGGAGGCUGAAGGUGCAGUCAAUGUGUCUCUUCCAGAAGAUGUUAAUGGUGAUGAUGUUGGUGAUUUUAUUGAAGCAGACUUGCCUCCAAAUGUUGAAAGGCUUGCAUUCUUUUCUAGAGAUUCCUCAUCGGAUGAAGAUGAAGGGUGUGGUGACGAAGUUUUGCUUGCCAACGAAGAAGUAGUUUCUGAUAAUGAAACAAUUGAUCCAACUCUACAUGUUUUUGACUCUCCUAAAAGGGAGGAUGAAAAUAAGAUAAGAAAUGAUAAAAAAUUAGACUUUUGCAAUAUGUUGUCAAAUUCACUUUCAGAAAGAGGUCAGCUUUUUGACUCUGAAAUGUUUGCAUGCAAUAUAUCUUGUGAUAAAUUAUCAGAAGAGAACGACCUUGAUGUGGAUGAAAUGUCAAUGAUAUCAGAAAGUGAGGGAUUAAAUAGGGCCAGGGAAUGCUCAAACUGUGCUUUUCAGACACCAAACAGAAACUUGUCUUUCGGAGAUUCUAAUAGUGCUGUGUUAAAUGGCUGUAACAUAUGUGCAUGUUGUGACCGGCCUUUUGUACUUGAUAAAGAAAGACACAAAGAAAUGGGGAUAGAUGUCUGUGAUAAGUGUUUUAAAAUACACAGCAUUGAACAACAAAAUGUGUGGUCAGAAAACUUCAAUGGUGCUAGACGUAAGUCCCACAAAUGUUCAAACUUGACCCCCAGAAAUUCCAGUUACUCGUUAUCUUCAUAUAAUAAUACUUAUGAAAAAAGGAGCAACACUACUCCGUUUGCAAGGUUCAGUAGUAGUGAUAGUGAGUCAUAUGAUAGAGUUUUUAUGUCUGACUCACCAGAGAUGUCCCCGGACCCUGAAAACAGACAGGACCUUGUGUUUCAGGUUGACAACAUGGCUGAUAUUGCCCACAGACCUGAAUAUCAGCAGAAUGGCUCCUACGCUUUAUCAGAACGCAAUCACAUGGGAAUGCAUGGCCACUCCAUGUCACAGGAGCUGGCAAGUCCUGAGGAAGACAUAUAUUGCCCGUUCUUCACGAGACGAACACAAAGUCUUGACCAGGACCUUGCCAUUGGAGGAGAUGACAGGGGGUCACCAUGUGACAUGUCAGGAAUGGAAAUGACGAGAUCCAACUUCAACAUCAAUGAAAGCAACAGCCAUGAAAAUGAAUUUGAGAACGGAGCAUACAGCAUUUCUCAACAAACCAGUUCCGAUGAAGAAGAAAACAUACGCUUGCCGGGACAUAUUACCAUUGAACCAGGAGCUGCCAGUAACCAUGACGUUCAAUCAAUGUGUAUUGGACAUGAGCAAGAUAUUGUAUCAAACAUGGAUUAUGUGUUCGAAAAUGGAUUCGUGAAUGUUCAUCGCAAGUCUUCAAAACUAAGGUUGGAGGACACAGAGCCUAUCUAUGAGGACAUUGAUCAGCUUCUGUGGGAGGAAGUCUGCACUGAAGGAGAGAAGUCUAACAGACCUGCCUUCAACUCCAAGGUGGGUAGAGCGUGUCGGUCUCGUAGCCCAGUAGGCGAGGUUGCCAAAGUGAUGAUCUGGAAGGAGUAUGAGGCGUAUCUGGUGCAGGUCAAACAGAUAGGGACAUCCGCCUGCGGGCCCACUGCUGUACUCAACGUUCUAAAAGCGUUUGAUUUCCAAGUUGACAAGGAGGAAGUUACUAAGGAGAUUCGCUCAAACCUUCGCAUGGAGGGGGCACCAAUACCUUACUACUUGUUCUCGAGAUACAAUGCUGGCACCACAGCAGAGGAUCUGAUAGAAGGCAUUACCAGGGUAACCAGAGGGGCCAUACGGGGCAGAUUCUUCCAUUUCUACCCCCAGAGAGAUGUUGACUUACUGAAGUGGUUAGGUCACUGGAUAAAGAUGGGUGCUGUUCCCUUGGCAACACUUAAUCUUCAGAAGGGAGUGAAGCCAGGCUGGACAAUCCCAGAUGCCUGGCAUCAUCAGAUGGUGUAUGGAGUCAGCAGCAAAGGUGUGUACCUGACAAAUCCCCUGGAGAUUGUGCCAGAGAGUGUCAUCAUGGAGCAGCUCACCAGUGACUCAGUGCUGCUAGUGCGCAGGCAGGAUGUCGUGACGCGCUUCCGAGACUGGUGCCCCCUCAACGAGAUCAUCCAGCAGAGAGACCCCCGCUGGUGCACCUUGAACGUCCUUGGCCAGGUAGUGCACAUGUUACGGGAGCAGUGCAUGCCUGCAGACCAGCUGCUGUCCAUGAAAUGUCAGCUCACGUCUCACAUACAGAUCCCCGCCGCCUACAAGGCAGGCAUCAGCCUCUUCAUGCGGGCCAACUCAGACAACAUCGACGACCUAAUGAAUGCUCCAGAGUUACCUCUCAAGCAAGAACCAGCCAAAAAAUAUUAGCUGUCCGUGUGAAAAUGCUGUAAACAAGGACUAGCUUAUGCUAUGGAAAAAUGUCCAAAAGUGCUAGUUUUAAGCAUUGGGAAUAUUGUCCAAAAACGCAAGCUUUGACUCAGAGACAAAAAUUCCUGGUCAAAAGUACUUGUUUUUGAGCAAGUCCAUGCCAUAAGUAUACUAUGUUUAGGCAAGAAAUUAUGUCCAAAAUGCACACUGUUUAAUCAAGCAAAACCUUUAAAGCUGUCAAAUAAUAGCUUUGUUCAAAGAGAAAUUGAGGAAAAAAAUGUUCAAAAGAACUCGCUUUGAAUAAUAGUACCCAAGGCUGUCCAUAAAAAUAAGCUUGAAACUAGCAAAAAGCAAAAACAUGAACUUUAUUUAAUAGCAAAAAUAGGAGCAAAAUUGUGAACUCAGUGGGUUUUUGUAACAAUUAUUAAAUUGAUAAGGAGGUAUCCAAAGAAAAGAUUGACCAUCAUUAUGUUAAUUGUAUCUUAACAUAAACUUUUUUCGAAAAAUUAGGUUCUUUUAAUAAAUGUGUAGCAUAUUUAGUAUAAACACUUUAGCUUGUCUCAUUUUAUGCAGUUUUCAGUUUUAUUAAUGUAUUUUUUUCAUAACACUGCCUUUGAAUAUAUAUUUGUAGUAAGUAAUAAACAUAAUACAUAAUUUUAUAAUUUAUAUUAAUUAUUUCAAAUUAGUACCUGUUACUUAAUUAUGCCCCCCCUUCGAAAACGAGGGGGUAUAUUGUUUUGCACAUGUCGGUCGAUCCGUCGGUCAGUCCGUCCACCAGAAGGUUUCCAGAUGAUAACUCAAUAACCUUUAUGCCUAGGAUCAUGAAACUUCAUAGGUACAUUGAUCAUGACUGGCAGAUGACCCCUAUUGAUUUUCAGGUCACUAGGUCAAAGGUCAAGGUCACAGUGGCUCGAAAUAGUAAAAUGGUUUCCGGAUGAUUACUCAAGAAUGCUUAGGCCUAGGAUCAUGAAACUUCAUAGGUACAUUGAUCAUGACUGGCAGAUGACCCCUAUUGAUUUUUAGGUCAGUAGGUCAGUAGGUCAAAGGUCAAGGUCACAGUGACUCGAAACAAUAAAAUGGUUUCCGGAUGAUAACUCAAGAAUGCUUACACCUAGAAUCAUGAAACUACAUAGGUACAUUGAUCAUGACUGGCAGAUGAACCCUAUUGAUUUUCAGGUCACUAGGUCAAAGGUCAAGGUCACAGUGACUCGAAACAGUAAAAUGGUUUCCGGAUGAUAACUAAAGAAUGCUUACACCUAGGUCCAUGAAAUUUCAUAGGAACAUUGAUCAUGACUGGCAGAUGACCCCUAUUGAUUUUCAGGUCACUAGGUCAAAGGUCAACGUGACUCGAAACAGUAAAAUGGUUUCCAGAUGAUAACUCAAGAACGCUUAGGCCUCGAAUCAUGAAACUUCAUAGGUACAUUGAUCAUGACUGGCAGAUGACCCCUAUUGAUUUUGAGGUCACUAGGUCAAAGAUCAAGGUGACAGUGACAAGAAACGUAUUCACACAAUGGCUGCCACUACAACUGACAGCCCAUAUGGGGGGCAUGCAUGUUUUACAAACAGCACUUGUUGCUUGUAAAUUCAUAGUUUCUGCUUUUGUAAUUUUUGCAGAAAUGAUCAUAUUUUUGAUUUUGUUAUUUGUGCUAAUGCUAUUACCUAAGAACAACAGCCAAAUCCUCGCACUAAUUUAUGCUGUAUUUAUUCAUACAUAUAUUCUUGUUUGAUAGUUAUAAAGAAAUUUGUUCCCAAUUGAUUUGCUUCUUGCCCUCCAACUGGCAUGUUUUAUGACUUGUUCAGCAAUUAAGUAGUGUGUAACCGGUUGUGUUUUAAAAACAACCAUAAGCUGGAACUUAUCACGUCACACAUGUGACAUGAUUGAUUUGUUGUGUUGUUAUCCAGUGCUUGCAUUUUGAACAAUUUAGUAAAACAUGACAGUCUCUAUAUGAGCCGUGCUCUGUGAAAAGGGGGUUUAAUGCUUGUGCGUAAAGUGUUGUCCCAGAUUAACCUGUGCAGUCCACACAGGCUAAUCAGGGACGACACUUUCCACUUUUAUGAUUUUUUUUUUUGUAAAGAUAGUCUCUUCUGAGCAAAAAUCCAGUUUGGGCGGAAAGUGUUGUCCCGGAUUAGCCUGUGUUGACUGCACAGGCUAAUCUGGGAUGACACUUUAGGCAAAUGCUUUAAACCCCCUUUUCACAGAGCACUGCUCAUAAACUGAAGUCAGAACACUCUGCACAUUGUAAAUACAUGCCCUGGUCUUUCAUGUUUGCCAUUUUAUGGUUUGAAUUAAUCCUUUCAUUUCUACCCCCCCCCCAGUAGUUCUUCAAACUGUAAAUUGUCUAUGAAUGUUAAUAUUUUAUUGUAGCAUUUUAGCAUAAUCCAAUUAUCUUAAUAUCUUUUGUAUUUAUUGUUUAGCAAUACAUGUAUUUAAUGUUACUUCAUUGUACAUAUAUCAUAUUGUAUAAAUAUUUUUGUAUAACCUUGCAUAAAGAGGCAAUAAUCUUUUGAUAUUAAAAUAAAUCUGAAUGGUUUAAGACAAAACAAUACAGAUAAAUAUAUAUACAACAAAACGUUUAGCCCAAAACUCAAAUGUUCAUAUAUUGUUAAAGAACUAUCAAUUUCAGUUCCACUGUGGUGCCCAACCAAUUUGACUUCAAUUCUCUUUAGCAUUGACUUAAAUACUUAUACUAAUAAAUGUCAUCGCCAAAAUCCAAAUAGGGAAAAUCAUUUUAAACUAGAUCUUUUUUGUAGCAGUUUGAACAGUUUUUAGAGUGAUAAGAUAAAAAAUAUAGAUGAAAACCAUUUUUAUGGAGCUGAUUUGCCAAAAGCUUGAUAUAUCCAUCACAGAGGUGGAGUGAAUCUAACCUUGUCCAAAAUGAAACUUGGUCAUUCCUCCAGCAAUUUGAAAAAAACUUACCUCAGGUGUGUGUAAUCAUUAAAAAAAUAUCAUGUUGUCUUCUUCCACUGAGGUAGACCACUCUUAGACAUAAAAGGUCAAAUUUGGACAUAAUUUUAUUUUCCUGAUGGUAAUUAUAAUCUUUAAGCUUUCACUUUUAAAAUAAAUUACCAAAUAUUUCCACCAUAUCAAAAGAGGAUGAGUCCCUAUAAAAAUUGAAGGUAAAAGAUAAUUGACCAUAAACCAGCUUGUCCUGACUGUUUCUUCAUCUUUUAUCGUGCAAAAUAAUUUACCUCAAAUGUUAACCAUAUGGCGAAGUUGUAUUGACCCUUUGGCAAAGGCCAAGGUCAUAUUAACCCUUGCCCCAUUAGAAGCAACGUGAAAGUGGCUUUUGCAACCAGCAUAAAACCAGGAAAGCUGCGAGAAACUCACAUUUUAGUUAGGUUUUAUACUGUUUCCUGCUCAUCAGUUGGAAAGGAAGCCUGUAAAACUUUAUUCUUGAAAAGAAAAAUUUGAAAUUGAAUAAAAAAAUUCUAAGGGACUACAAACAUGUCAAAGUGUGUUUAUAAGGGUUAAAGUCUAAAGGUCAAUUGUGUGCCUGGUGUAGCUUGUUAAAUUAUUAUUAUUGAGAAUGGACUCGACAUGUUGCCGAUGGGCAUCUAGUAUUGGAAUUGUCAUCAUUAGAGUAUAUAUGGAUAUUUUGUAAGUUAUACUUUCUUUUUUGGCAGCUUUAUUGGCAUUGUUUUAUUAUGAUUUCAUUGUAUGCUAAGCUUAGUGGGUUCACAUUAAUGUUUUUAUGUCAGGUGUAUUUAUAAUUUGCCUUUGAUACAACUGAUAAUUUGAUUUGUAUACCCAAACAGAGUAGGAGGCAUUAAGCAAUGCACUUGUCCAUCCGUACAUUGAUGUAUAUGUACAUACCAGCACUCAAGUUUUGUUUGGGUACUUAACCCAUUCAUGCCUAGUGGACUCUCCCAUCCUUCUAAAUUGGAUCCAUUUAUUUCCAAAAUUAUGGAUGUCUAGUAUAUUUAUUUCUAUAUUUAGAAGACUUUUUACAGAAAUUUCUUUAAGCAAACAGCGCAGACUCAGAUGAGAUGCCGCAUGAUGCGGCGUCUCAUCAUGGUCUACGCUGUUUGCAAAGUCCUUUUUCAGGACGCUAGGCAUAAAUGGGUUAACUGGUGAUAAUAGGAGUGUGUGGUUGUGACCAGUGUUGGCAGAAUUAUAGGCUUUGUCAGUUUUUCCAAUAUUGUCCCCAAAGUUGGGCGGAAACAGCUCAUCUUCAACAUUUUGAUUACAAUUUUGCAACAAAAUGACCUCAAUGUGUAGGUGAUUAAAAAAAACAGUUUUACUGCCACUAGUUUUGGCAGAAUUAUGGGCCUUUGUCUGUGUUUUUUUUACUCUGUUAUACAAAGUCCUGGUACACAAAAUGUUGUGUGCUCAACUCUUAUUUAACCUUUUCCCACUCAGAAGCAAAGUAAAAAUGGCUAUGUGCAAACGGCAUAAAACCAGAACAGCCUGCGAGUAACUCGCAGUCUGUUAAGGUUUUAUGCUGUUUGCUGCUCAUCAGUAUCUUAGGGUUGAAAAUGAAGCUUUUAAAACUUGAAUACAGUAAGAAAGGUCUUUAAUUAUAUAUAUAUAUAACUUUCUAAGGGACUACAAAUGCGCAAAAAUACGCAUCUAAUGGGUAAAUGGAUAUCUGCUUGGAAAAUUUCAUUAACCCUUCUCUGUUUAAUAACCUUUAUGUGUAGAUGAUCACAAAGGAAGCAAUUUUGGCUGUAACUAGUUUUGUGAAAAAUAUGGCCUUUUGUCAAUUAAAUGAGCUUCAUGAAAAAUUGGGAGUUCAUUUUGGGUCAGUUGGAUAAAGGUCAAGGUCACUGUAAUUUGCUUAAUAAGGAUAUUGAUAAAUGUUUCUUCUCAAAAGCUUGAGUUUUUUUUGGAUAUUAUUCUGAAAAAAAAAUAUUGGCAGCUUACAUGCAGACUUAGAAUAUUAUUGUUUAUGGGACCAGUUGGUUUAAGUUCAAGGUCACUGUUAUGUAGAUUAGAAAAAAAUAUUUCUCCACAAUAACUUGAACUUUGGAUAAGCAUAUUAAGCUGACAUUUUGUGUAGGUAUAUUACAUGCUUUUGAUUGCACAACUUUUCAAUUAAAUAACAUGUAUUUAAUACGUAUCUAAGUGGUAAAGGGUUAAAUAUGUAUCUAAGUGGUAAAGGGUUAAAUACAUAUCUAAGUGGUAAAGGGUUAAAUACGUAUCUAAGUGGUAAAGGGUUAAAUAUGUAUCUAAGUGGUUAAGGGUUAAAUACGUAUCUAAGUGGUUAAGGGUUAAAUACGUAUCUAAGUGGUAAAGGGUUAAAUACCUAUCUAAGUGGUAAAGGGUUAAAUACCUAUCUAAGUGGUAAAGGGUUAAAUACGUAUCUAAGUGGUUAAGGGUUAAAUACGUAUCUAAGUGGUUAAGGGUUAAAUACGUAUCUAAGUGGUAAAGGGUUAAAUACCUAUCUAAGUGGUAAAGGGUUAAAUAUGUAUCUAAGUGGUUAAGGGUU